AGGGUUGAAUAAUAAGGCCAGAGGUUACUCUAAAUUCUUGUUAGUCCCACUUGUCUGUCUGUCUGUCUCAAACCAUAGCUACUGAGGAGUACAGGGUGCUGCUUCUCAGCUAACAGCCAUGGCUCUUGGACUCCUUUUGUGGGUUUCCUGGAUUUGUUUGUUGCUGUUUAAUGGCAGUGUUGGUUUGCCAGCUAUAAAAGGUUAUGGAUAUCCGUAUGUGGCUGACUUCCGUAACAUUGGGGAUGAUGGAGAAGAUCAAGUUUUGAAUGCUCCUAUAUUUGAUCAGACUAACUGGCAGGCUUCAAAUAACUAUGGGACAGGCUACAGCAAACCCCCAGUUGCACAGCAGCCAAAUUUGGUCCCAACUAGCCAAAACCUGCCCAACACACCUAGUGCUCGUGAGGUAGAGAGACUCAUUAAUGGUGAAUCAAGAGACUGGGGGCUGGACAACCUUGACAAACCACUUCUCUUUCCCUUAAGACCCAACAACCAGUUGAAUGAUGCAGCAAACCCUCAGCCGAGCCCUAUUCAACCUCAAUCAUCAGUAAGUGUUGCUUCUACAAACAGAGUGCCUCUCUCUCCGAACACUGGUGGCUCUACACAGUAUGCUAGUCCAACUGCCUACUAUGAGCCUACUCUAUCCUACCCUUCUCAGGCUUCUGGCAGUUAUGGUGGGGCUGACUAUGGUUUUGGACACCAAAACCAGGACUUUAACACUGGCUCCAGAGCAGACAGAGGUGACUUGAGUAGGAGUCCCCAUCUUGUCUUUGAGGAAGUCUUCCAGUUGCCUUCUAAGAAUACUGAUGGCUUGUCUGAUCCAAGUUAUGGUGCCGUCUCUGCUACUGUAGGUGGUUAUAGCCAAGUUACUGACCCAGGGUUUUCACCUGGUUAUGCCUCCACACAAGGGAGCUCUUCAUUCCCCAGUUAUCCAUCCAAUGUAGGAGCCCAGCCUGCCUAUCCAUCUGAGAUGGCAGACCCCUCUGCCAGCUUCCCUAGAGGAGAGAACCUUGACUUCAGUCGAACACACUACCAGCCACGUGAUAUCUCCUCUUGGCUUCCACAAGAACCAGUCAACACCCAAGAAGUUGAGGUUUCCCAGGGAUUGAGUGAACCAAUCCCUCCUCCACCUCCCUCAAGCUAUAUCAUGCAGUCCAGAAAUGGCUACCAGCGAGGCAGGUAUCUCCUCACUGAAUCCAAGUACUCCCCAGAAUUUCCAAUAGCUGUAAACUCCAAGGGUGUCAAAAGUACUGCACAUAGUCAACCAGCUGCCACUAAAGGUGUAAAGAACCCUGAAAGAACCAAAUGGUAAUCAGUAAGGCCAUGGAUGUGUCACAGUAUCGGGUCAAAAUGGAAAAUCAAAAUAAAAGCUGAUUUGAGUUA